ACUAAUUUUGGUUUCAAAAUGUCAAAGUUUAGUAAGCGAAAAAUAUCUCCAGCUUUCAAAAUUUUCAAAACCGUUUUGUAAUUUCGUAAAAGAAUUGUGUAAAACUGGUUAGAUUCCAGCUUCUUUUUGCCUCUGAUCCUUCAGCCAUUUGGUUUCAAAAUUUCUCUGUUAUUUCGAGGUCAGGAUCUAGGAUCUCCAGCAUGUCCAGAGUGAACAAUACUUGGCGGCGAAUAGUUCGCCUCUUUAGACGUAACUAUAACUCCAUAGGACACGCUGCAUUAACCAUUAUCCUGCUGGUAUUCGUUUUUGAUCAGGCCUAUGUACGGCACGGAUGCGAUCUGCUCUGGUGGCGCAACUUGGUACUGCAGGAGGAGAUCAGCGCCAUGUCCAUUAUGUUAAAUAUUGCCGCAGUCAAAAUGACCAUCAUUUCGGGGCUCACCCUGUUCAGCUACUUCCGGCCGGCGGCCAAUAAUCGGCGGAGCCAGCGGCCCAAGACGGAGGACAUGCCCAUUUCUUAUGUGCGUCGUCGCUACUGCCGCUUCAUCGUGAUGCGCCUUGUGGCAUCCGUGGAAGCCCUGGGCAACAGUACGGAGGAGGAAUAUAUAUACCGGCACAUGGCCUUCUGCGAUGCGGUGGAAGUGUUCCGCUGGGAUGCCCGCAAGCUGUUCGAACGCAACGACCUGCAGCUCAGCCUGCCCCUGCACCAGGUCCUCGUGGUCGAAGAUGCUGUCGAGGAGGCCCUUCUCCAGGACGGCUAUGCCGAGAAGUUGAAACAUCUCCGCGAGCUGGACAUAUAUCGCAUGGUUUACGAUACCGUAUUUUGAGGAAAGAGCUAGAAGCAAGGAGUGAGACGAAAGCCACGUGGCGAAAACUUUUUAAUUGGCUCUCGGAGGCGAGAGCGGUGGCGAGGCUGGCGGUGGUGGUGGCUUAUGUUAAUUUUUGCACCACCGCCGCCAAACAUGUUAAUUUCCAGGCAUGUGGUGUGUGCCAUGUGAAAGUGAGUCCCCGAGGUGGCAGCCAAAGUGCCUUAAUCAGAUGGAAUUUGUAUAUAUGGAGCGAGAAUGGCGGGCCUGAUGACGUGUGGGUGGAAGCGCUAAUCAUUUUUCGAAGCGAGAGAUGACGAGCCGUUUUUAAAAUAUUAAUAAAAUAUCAUACAAAGG